AUGGCGUUGGAUUUAGUCAGUAUAGCGCAACCACAUUAUAUACCUGGAUAUACCGGCCAUUGUCCAGAAUACAAAUACCGCAUCGGCGACACAUAUGGCUCAACGACGCACAAGAUCCUGUUGGACCCUAGCGUGCAACAUUCGGAGCGACUGGUGCUGUCCGAUAGGACUGCUGAUGACUUCCAGAUAUUCCGACCGCCACAAACUGACAUCGACGUGGUGAACGCAAGAUUCAGAAAUGGGGAUCCAGUGUAUAAACAUCCCAUGAUGCCAGGGUAUGAGGGAUUUCUACCUCGACUAAACGCUCAGUUCGGCCAGCGAUACACAGUGGCGGCGACCGAAGCCCUAUCGGAAUUCCAGAGGCUACAACUUAACCAGAGAGCAGCUAGAAACCAACUGGAAAGGGUGGUAGACCUUCAGGCUGGCAAAGGUCAGCCUUGGGACCUCGUCGAUAGAUUUUCGGCUACAGCGGAGUUCAAGCUGCCCUUGGUUGUGGUGAGGCCAGAAUGUGCCGGAAUCCUGAGGGAUCUACCUAUGGAUGAGCCCAAGCUAUCGCCAGCAACACAUUCCGUCAGUCCCUACUUCAUGGAAGACGCCAACCCGGAUAAAUUUAUAAAGAAAGGUUUCGCUGGUCAUGUGCCCUAUGGCUUCCAGCGGUUUGGUGAAUCAUCUAAGAAGCUUACAAACUCUGCGCUGUGUGACUUCUCGUCUAAUUACCGAAGAAGACAGAGCACUGAAUGGGCGCCAGUUAACGUAGUCAAACCCGACCCGCCGCUGUCUAUCAACCCCACGGAGCUGUAUCACAAGCACGUCGGAAUGCUGCCUAACUACGCGGGACACGUGCCAGGCGCCAUGUUCAGAUUCGGUAAAACUUACGGGAACGACACACGGGACGCCAAACGAUGGCUGCGUGGAGACUUCGCCUAAAAUUGGGAUCCCUACAAUCAAUUAUCAACCCAAUCACAUCGGCAUAAGGGUCGAAAUCCAGAGUGUUAUUAUUUUGAAUAAGAAAUUAUACAUCAUGCUGAAUUUUACAA